AUGCAGGCAAACAACGAAACCUUCUUACCCAACGAGUUCCGAGUUCCGGCAGAUGGCAGGAUGGUGCCAUGGCGGCGGCGAUGUACGCUGCUCGGUGACAGCCUCGCUGCCCCCAGCCCAGAUCCUCGGCGGACUGACUCGCCAGAUAGAGUUCCAGGCACGACAGCAAGGAGCCCCCAGGCAUGCCUUCCUGAAUCGCUGCGUGUCCCCACUCCUCAGGAGCCGCCUCCAUUUGCCGGCUGCUCUCGCCACUGUCGGCUACCGCGGAUGCGACGCAGUGCUCAGGAGCCUCAUCCAUUUGGUACUGUAACGGAGCAGCACCGCGGCCUCCAUCGGCUCUCCGGCGAGGCCGCCGUCGCCGGGGCAAAAGGCUGA